AUGGCAGCAAGCUCCUCUCACGACUUGACCUUUCCUCACGCUGGGCCGUGGCCCAACAAGACCGCGAACACUUUUUUUUCUUGUACACCCGUCUCCUUCGUCACGCCAAACAGCACCGCCGUGCGCUCCGCUCCUCCUGCUGAUUUGCCCAAACCGGCCGCCGCGGGCCGAGGUAGCCCCUUCGCGCCUCUCCUCCGCGCUUGCCGGCCGCCGCCCCUCAGCCUGAGCUGGCCGUGCCUUGCUCCCUGCCGCGACCUCGCUCCUCUGCCGGAGCUCGCCUCGCCGCCCCGAGCCGGACGUCCCCCGGGCCACUCCUCCGCUCGAGCUACCGGCCGCGGGCCGAGCUCGCCCCGACGCGUGCCGCUCCUCCGCUCGAGCCCGCCACGAGCCACCCCCGCGCGCUCCUCCUCGUUACCUUCCACCUCCUCGCGACCGCUGCCCGCCUUCCUCGACGGCGGCGGCGGCGGUUGCGCGGAGUUCGCGAGAUCCCGGGAAAGAACUAGAUGCAUGUCAGGUCUGUUGAGGGUUGAUUUAAAAUGGAUGGCUUCUUACGAUGUGCCAAGGCAACAAAGAAGAACUAAUGAAUCGAAUUUGCUUGGCUUGCUGUUUUGGUUGUCAUGGGGAGUGGACUGUAGGCCACUACUAAUAUAAUCUCUCCUGCGCUUAUUUGCCCCCUAUUUGUCUUCAGGAUGGCCCUCCUUAUGUUCUCUUUCUAAUGACCGCAACAAGAACAGAUCUUCCUAAUGCUACAAAGAGCUUGCGGUAGAAAAGCAUGCAGAAGCAAAUCAUCUAGGCAAACUUUUGGUUAGUAGGAUGAGUUGGGGACUUGUAAUAAGUGUGUUUGAUAAGUUGUGGCUGUCACAGUAUUUGUAAUUGUAUUUUGCUAUUUGUGAUUUUGUUUAGUCCGUGAAAACUGAGCAUUAAGGCCCAAAUGGAUUGGGCUUUGUUAAUGACGAAUCAAAUCGAUAUAAUGGAGAUGCUGUAUUAUAUUCUAGUCAUCGCCA